UCUCUACUUCUCCAGCGACACAACACACCACCCCACCAUUCCCCUCUUCGCCAGCGCCACCGUCUCCCUUCUUCACCCUGCCGUCACCAUUCUUCCGGGUCCCUGAGCUUGAAGGCGCGAUUCAACUCCAGUCUGCGAGCUUUGCCGUCGUUGGUGCCUCAGAUUCUGAUUCUGUAAAUCAUGUUUUAAAUUGAAGGUACUUGAUGGGUACUGAAUUUGAAACAAUCGAGGCAAGAAUAACACCUAUGUUUGCACAACUCCAAUGUGAGUGUGGCAUUCUACAAAGAUUGAUCUAUAAGAACAGGAACCAGCACCGACGUUCCUCAUAUUUCCAGCAUGUUUUGAAGGUGAGUAGAGAUAUAAAGCUUCUGCAAUCGACAAACUUGGAGGAGCUUGUGUCAUCUUGUUUACUAGUUAUCAAAGGAGAUAGACCAAAACAGAAGGUUCAUCUUUUCGAGAGCUUAAAAAGGAGGAAAUGUGACAAUGGAAAGUAUAACUUUAUGGAGCGCCUUUUAGGAGCUGCACGCUUACUAGCAGAGAUGGUAGAAACAAUGCUGAAGGCUGCAACUGAGGUAUCUGUAUUGUUUGCUCAAGCUUUCUUCAUGGGGUUUUCUGUGAUAAUUAUGGGUUUGCUUGCACGUCUUCGGGUUUUGGUUCAACAAAUAUUACUUGAUGUGGUUUCAUUGUUCAACAUGGUUUCUUCUUUGUCUAGAAAGAAGCAAUCAAUAAAAAUAACUCACAAGGGACUCGAGGUUGUUAGGGAGGUUUUCCCAGUUACUCAAGAUUUUGUUAAAUUGGAAUGUGUAUGGAAAUCAGAUAAGUUCAUAUUAAUUGAGACAAAGCAUGAUUGUGAGAAUGAAAAUCAAGGUGAGGAUUCUGGUGGAAAUGUCUCUGUGGAAGCAUCAGCUAUAAACUACGAUACUAUUGAAAAUUUUCUUGGGGAUGACCAGGUUAUCCCAAAUACUGAGUGUGGCGAGGAAGGUGGAGAAUAUCAAGGUGACACUAAAGCAUCUUUCAAGAACUCUUCACCGGUAACCAGCUCGCAUGCAUUGCCACGGUCCGCUCCUAAUGCUGAACCACACUCUGCGAGAAAGAAAGUCGCAUUUGUAUCAAUCAAGAAUCAUGCGCCAGCGUCGCAAAGUGUACGAGGUGUUUCUUCUUUUAACUCAAAAUGUCAAGCAAAGUAAUGAAACUAAGGAUGAUGCUGGGGAUUCACUUGCUAGUCUUUUCAAUAAUGUAAAUGCAAAAGAUAGUAUUUUUUGAAACAUUGAAAUCUAAAUGGAAGAAUUAUUGAAAAUGCCUCGUUCUGUUUGCAUUA